AUGAUUCUAGGUUCUGGGCUGAAGCGAGAAGGUUCUGGGCUGAAGCGAGAAGGAAGAAGGGGGUUUUUGGUGGUGAUCACUGUGUGUCUUGGGAUCAUUUGUCUUCUUCUGAUUGCUGGCAUCAUACUGCAGCACUUUCAGGCCACUACUAAGCGAGGAUAUCUGUGGGGUCCAGAUGGCGUGUUCAUGUCCAGUGAGUUGAAGAGCGGGUCUGACAGCAGGCAGUACUGCAGGGAUCGUGGAGCUGAUCUGAUCAUUAUCAACACUGAAGAGAAGCAGAGACACAUAUCUUCAUUCAUCAAGGAGAGCGUGUGGAUUGGUUUGUCUGACGCAGAGAAUGAGGGCAUCAUGAAAUGGGUGGAUAAUUCACCAAUGAAACAAGGGUUUUGGGCCAGAGGUGAGCCGAAUAACUUUCAAGGUGGAAAUGAGGACUGUAUUGAACUGAUGCCUUCAGAUCUCAUCCUGAACAACUGGAGUGAUCUACCAUGCUCAAAGAAGAGAAAAGGGAUUUGUGAGAAAUAG